AAUGAAAUGAGAGAAAAGACCGACCCCAGACCAGAAGCAGAGCCAGAGCCAAAGCCAGAGCCAGAACAAACAAUAGUCUGCAAGCAAUUUCACCUCAACCCACGAAUACGAAAAGCAUUUACUCAAUUUGCUCAAUUCACUCCAUUCACCCUUCACUCUUCACUCUUCACUCUUCUCUCUUCACUCUUCACCCUUCACUCUUCUCUCAUCUUUCCAUCUUCUCUCCAUCUCCUCCCUUGAUACUCUAUAUAUAUAUGUAAUUGGCUUAUUAAUAAAUAUAACAAAUCAAUCAAAUUAUACUACUACUACUACUACUACUACUGUACUACUACUACUACUACUACUACUCCUCCUCCUCCUCCUAAUAUAUAUUUUCUUCAUCACCUUACUUGCUGUCGUCACUAGCUUAAUUUCUUCCAACCAACCUUGGAAUCCAUCGCAUCGCAUCCCAUCACAUCCACUUCCACUUCCACUUCCACAUCCCUAUCUUAUCCGUUCAUUCAUUUAUUGUACUCACAACCCCCACUUCACAUUAUAUUUCUCAAUCGAAAUAUCGACAAAGUACAUCCAUACAAUACAACACAAUACAAUACCACACAAUACAACACAAGCACAUGCAAUCAAUCAAUUUAUCCAUACGCCUCGUCUUCUCCUUUGAUUCGUCUAUCGAGGUGGUAUUGGAUUAUUUGCUUGCUGGUUUGAUCGUUUGAUUGAUGGUCGAUGGUUGAUUGAGAUUUACAAGGUACUUAGUCACACUACAGUAUAUCAAAAUUACGCUCUUCAUCAAAACACAAUCCCUGAAAAACAGUUAUCAUAACGUUACUUUGGAUUUAAUUAUCCCUCCCAAAAAACCCUCAACCUCAACCUCCUCUUCCUCUUUCUGUCUGCUAAAAGGACAGAAAAACAUUAACUCUCGCUCCAAUUAUCCCGCAUUCUCCCUCCCCCCAACAUGUCGAAUUCGGAACAAAGAAUGCUCGAGAGCCGAAUACAAAAUGGAAGUCUCGAAGCUGUGUCAGGUCUAACGUCCGACCAAGCUGGGCAUAGUACAACCACUUUUAUGAACGAUGUAAAAGCAACACAAAACUCAAACAUUUCUUUACCUUUAUCUCUUCAAUCAAAUCAAAUCCCAGCUUUCACGGCCAUCUUCAAAUCGAAUACCAUAGCACCUUCGCCCCCUCACAGCAGAUCCACUUCAACAAACGAGGCAUACACCCCACUCGCGCUUGACACCACUUCUCGUCUUCACCCAAAUAUAGAUUCGUCAUAUAGCCAAACUCCGAGUCCUCUAAGCGCGGGUCUGCGGAUACAAACCGAUAUCGUUCCAGGUUAUACAAUAACAUCUGCCAGCACAGGAACCGGAGUGACUGAGCGCGACUCUCCCGAUACUAUUCGCAUUCCAUCAAGAUCCGGUGGGCAGAUAGGAAUGUCUCUUGCGCGAACUCCAAGUGUGAAGAAUGUCCUGGCGAGUAGCAUAGGUAGCAACGGUUCGGCGCCAAACUCAGCAUUAUCCUCACCAAUGUUGAACGCAAUGGCAGAUGUGACCCCUCUACCCUCACCACUCAUGUCGGGAGAUUCACCGGGACCAUGGAAACGAUUAAACUCGAGACGAACAUCCCGCGAGCAGAUGCUACCAAUGCAUGCGGAUUCGGCUCUGAUCACAUCAAACGGCGAAUCAGUUUCCUCUGCGAUUGCCAAUCAACAAAAGAGAAGAGUAUAUCAUGGGUUAAUAACAAAUGCUGUCGAAUCUGGGUUGACGGAUGCUCAAAUAAACCGAAAAAAGAAUGCAGAAGGACAUACCCGGAAUAGAAGUAUGAGCGAAUAUGUACCGGAAGCUUCGCAAGUACCAAAACCUCGGAAUAUCACUGUAUCGGGUUCACAUGCUCCAAUCAUGGAUGGAGCGGUAGAUGGUCCACAAUCAGACAUGCAUCUGCGGAGAGAACCACAUUUAGCAGUUCAACGAGGAUUGGCUCCCAUACCAAGACCACCAACCCCACCAUCGAGUCGAACAGGAGGGGAAAGCAGUGAUAGUGAUUCAUCAUUGACCACUAACAACAUUCCUCGAGCUCUUCGAAAAUCGAGAUAUGAAUACUUUGAUGCGUAUACUAGAAAUGAUUCUAAACGACGAAGAUGGAGAGGUAUAAAGGUUUUGGGCCAAGGCACUUUCAGCAAAGUGAUUUUGGCUACCAGUCAAGUCCAAGAUGCCGAAGGUCGCAUAGAUGAAGAUAAUGUGUUCGGGAUUGAAUCGAUUGUUACACCUAUGGAGACAAAAGUUGACCGAAAAAAGUUGGUAGCGAUUAAGAUUUGUGAACAUGGUCCGAAAGGAGGGGCAUCUGAAGAAAGAGUAGAAAUGUCACUUAAACGUGAAUUGGAAAUCAUGAAAUCGAUACAUCAUCCUUCAUUGGUUCACCUCAAAGCUUGGAGCAUAGAAGAGACUAGAGCUAUUCUGGUUUUAAGUUAUUGUCCCGGUGGAGAUCUAUUCGAAGUGGCCAGUCAGCAUCGAGAUAUUCUCGUCCCAUCGUUACUUAGACGGAUGUUUGCAGAGCUGAUUGGUGCUGUCCAAUAUUUACAUGAUAGGCGUAUUGUUCACCGGGAUAUCAAAUUAGAAAAUGUCUUGGUCAACCUUCCUCAACAUGAACUUGCAAAACCACAAGACUGGACUAAAUAUCCUUACUCCAUCAUCACCCUCACCGAUCUCGGUCUCUCUCGCCGCGUAGCCGAUGACGAAAAACUUACUACCCGUUGUGGAUCAGAUGAUUAUGCUGCCCCAGAAGUUAUCAUGGGUCAACCAUAUGAUGGACGCGCUACUGAUGCUUGGUCUCUUGGUGUCUUACUUUAUGCAUUACUGGAAAGUAGAUUGCCAUUCGAUCCUAAUCCAGGAAUGCCAGAAGGACACAAACAACGCAGUCGAACAAGUCAUCGAAUUGCACGAGUUGAAUGGAGAUGGAUUGAAUAUUUCGGUGAAGAGGGAGAUCAUGAGAGUGACCCGGAUAAAUUCAAGGAAAAGGGAUUGUUAGGUGCAAUGGAGAUUACAGAGGGAUUGUUGAAGAGAGCAAGGAGUAGAUGGACAUUGGAGAAAGUUCAGGAAAAUGAGUGGGUCAAAGGAGGUGUUGAUGUGGAGGGUGGUGUCAAAUGGAGAGAAGAAGUCAUUCCUGAGGAAGUCAGAGGUAGUGUGGAAUUCUAGAGGGGCAAAUUGACUGAAAGGUCGGCAUGCAACCUCAAUUGUCCCUACAUACUCUCGAUAUCGACUUUAGCUUCGAUCUCAGUCUACCGAUUGGCUAUUUGCUCCGUUAUUUUCAUGAUAAUCUCUUCUGUUCAUGUUCUAUUAUCAAAACAGCAAAGAUCGAGAUUUGGCCCUUUUUUCUUCUUCACGUGAGUUUUGCUUGCGCUUGUAUUGCGAUGUUUUUCAUGGAGAACUUGCAUGCAUGGUUUAUAGCUUGGUGUUUAUGGAUUUUGGUUUGGGGUUUAAAGGGCUGGGCAGACGGAAGUACGAGGGUACGAACGUAUAUGUUACCAUUCGAUUCAGUUCCACGGAUGUUUUGUUUAUAUAAUAGGGAUUUGGGCGGGGUUAGAACGGGAUGGGGUUUUGAGGGAGUGAUGGAUUUGUGUAUAUUAUACGGGAUUGGGAAUCGGGGUGGAUGGGAUGAUGUU